GUAAGUAAGCGUCGUGCUGUUCCGAUUGGGACAAGCUAGGCGUGCAGUUGUUCUCAGUCCAGUGCCGAUCGGCAGAGCAGAUGGAGAUGAUCGUUCAAUCAUCGCAGUUGAUCGCGUACCGACUACGACGACCUUUGCGUAUUCGCGUUGUUUGUGUUGCACCGGCCUGUUACACGUGCCCGUUAAUCAGUUACUAUAGGUAGCAGUGAAAUUCAUCCAGGCAGGUGUGUGAGUAAUGUCGCAGCGUGUAAUAUUGACCUUGUUAAUCACGAUCGGUAUCGUUUUGGGAUUGGUAGACGCCGUCGACCUGUGCCAGCAGCUUCGGGCGCUUCCUACACCGGGUCCUUGCAGUUGUCCCGGUGUUGAUAGCAAAAUGCUGUGCCCUGAUUUUGAGAUGUAUUACGAAUAUAAUGAUAGCGCAUUACUCUACAUCGCAUGUGAGGGGAAAGAAUUACAGUUCAACCAUACGGAUUCAUUGAGUGUGGACUUCAGUGAGAUAAGUAAGCUGGAAGUGAAGUCUUGUGUGGUGAAUGUUCCGCUUAAGGACACUCUGGACGCGAUCGGAAUACGUGAUGUGCGCGCGGUGCACUUCGACAGUUUAACGCGUUUCGAAAAUCCAUUACCGUUAAGUGGAUUGAACUUGACAAAGGUGAAAAUAAACGUCGAACAUAUUACGUUGCUAAACGAUGGCAAUUUGCUACCGGAUAGUGAACAGUUGGAAGAGUUCGUGUUAUGCUAUAGUGAUAUCAACUCCUUACCAAACAACUUUUUAUCGGAAAAAUCACACCUCAGAUCUCUGUACAUCUCCGGUAGCAAAAACCUGAACAACCUUCCAGAGCUCAUACCCAUUCCUUCAUUGGAAAAACUUUACCUGGACCAGAACAACAUAUCCACAAUAACUUCAGAGCACUUCUCCCUGCUCAGUAACCUGAAGAUCUUGGAUCUGAAACAGAACCCCAUCGAAACGAUUGCAGAGGAUGCCUUCAUAUCGAACCCAGAGCUCAAGCGUCUUCAUCUACAGUUCGAUGGACCUCGAUUGCCGGAGGGCAUAUUUAGGACCCUCACAAUGCUCACCGAACUGAAGAUCGUCAAUGGCCAACUGGAGCACAUCCAGGACGAUCUGUUCUCUAAUCAAAAGCAACUUCGGACGCUGGAUUUGAGCGGAAACCAGUUGACGGUGUUACAAGGGCCCAUCUUUCACCGGCUAAACGUUCUCGAGCAUUUGGAGAUCAAUGACAAUCAUCUGAAUGCCAUUUCACGCAACAUAUUUUCGAUGUCCAACAAAUUGCGCAACAUCAGCCUAAACAGGAACCAGUUUACCAAAAUCUCAGCAAAUCCGUUAGACAUUUCUCCAUUCAACCAUUUAACCUUUCUCGAAAAAAUCGAACUCGAAUCAAAUUAUCUUACGGAAAUCGGAUCUUGGGCCAACCAUGCAACGCUUGCGGUGCUACAGUUGAGCUACAAUUCAAUUAGAAAAUUGAACAUCAACACAAUUCCGCGAAAUCUACACCAUUUAAACUUAGCAUACAACAGAAUAGUGCACAUUGACGCUGAUGAGGAAACGCUGGUUAACCGGCAAGAUCUUCUGUUGUCCCUCGAAGGAAAUCCUUUGACACUGGAUUGUAAGCUGAUCAACUUCAUCCAAACCGUGCGAAAAGGUAGUUUGAAGGCACAUUUAUCGAAGCAAUAUGAAAACCUAAGCAUCGAUCAGCUCUACUGCGAUUUAGAGCCAUCCUUAUGUCCACACGAAUGCAAUAGCUGCCGGAUAAUAGGACCAGAACGCCAGUUGGUCCUGAACUGUUCUUACAAAAAUUUAGAGAAGGUUCCUCCGAUCCCUCCGGAUAUCUAUCGUAACUCUUCGUCAAUCGUUCUCGACGUUCGCAACAACUCGAUUCGAUUGCUGCCAACCACCCACAGCAAUCCGGGAUUCGGAUUAAUCAACACGCUUCUGUUGGACAACAACCUCCUCGAGACUUGGAGUGUAGCGAAUCUACACUCGAACCUUUCUAUGAUCUCACUGAACAACAAUGCUCUUUACAACCUCGACCGACAGCUGGUCGAGUUCAUCAUGGGUCUACCAAAUCUCAAAAAUCUACACCUACUGAACAACCACUGGCCGUGCCAUUGCAAACUUGCAAAACAAAUGCAUUGGCUCCAGUCCAAGAUCGUGAACUUCACCGCCCUGACCUGCGAUUCCGGGCGAAAACUGACAGAAUUCGAGGAGUCCUGCGAAAACGAUAUGCUCGCAUUCGUCCUCAUUUCAUUCAUCAUUCUGACCCUUAUUGCCAGUGGGUUUGCACUAUAUUACAGGCACCACUCGUCGAUCAAGAAGUGGCUCUUCGUCAACCAGCUGUGUCUAGGUUGCGCUUCUGAAGUGGACGCCGAUACCGAUUUCCAAUACGAUGCCUUCAUCUCGUACUCGCAUCGCGACGAAAGCUUCAUCGCCCACGAGUUAGUGCCAAAGCUGGAAGCACCUCCCCAGAAAUUCCGGCUAUGCAUACACCUGCGGGACUUCGUUCCCGGAAUGUUGAUCGAAACGCAGAUUUUGAACGCCAUCGCAACCUCCCGGCGGACCAUAGUCUACGUAACGCAGAAUUUCCUACGCUCCGAGUGGACCCGGCACGAGUUCCGUUUGGCUUUCGAGCAAUCACUGCGCGAGAAUCGCACCAGGUUGAUUGUGAUCUUGGCCACCGACGUGCAACGGCUGGACCAGUUGGAUCCCCAGCUGAGGGUGUUCUUCAGUACGACGACCUACUUGCGAGCGGACGACGAAAAGUUUUGGCAGAAGCUGGUGUACGCGAUGCCGCACCGCGAUGUCGUACAGCUGCAGCGGGAACAGAAGGCUCAACGGGCGGAACAACAUCUGCGGAACAGUUCGCUGAGGGAGAGCAACCGCAAGCGGGAGCAACUCGAUCUGGCUGAUAUUGCGUUGUAAAAUAAAUACUUUCAGAAAAG